AAUAAUAAUAAUAAUGACUACCCGGUGCCGCCGACCAUUACCGAGGACUGUCAACCUAUGUAUACCCGAGACAAUCAAUGUUUUCUAACAUUUAGUACCCGUACGGGACUGAGGGAACACCUAAGGGACAGGCAUUUCAAUCAUCGCCGGUGUCAGKCAGAUACGGGUGCWGUCGAGAAAUUUCUAACCGAGCACCUGAACUAUCAGGACCGGCUCAGGGAGUCUAUGACCGGCAGCAAUAAUAAGUCGUUACCCGAUUCGGCUAAAAGUCUAUACCGUGGAUGUCCAGCCUGUGAUCGUAUUAUAGCCGUAUAUGAUAUUAUCAUUGCACCCGAACCGGACCCRAGCCUUGACAACAAYAAYAACACUAACAAUCCCGACCCGAACCCGUCAUCAUCAUCGGACCCGACCUAUGAUUUCGAUAUACUAGACAUUGAUCAGUACUUUUCGGGCAACAAUGUCAACCAUAUUAACCCGCAUAUCAAAUACUAUCCGUAUGAGUGUCGCCGWUGUCACGAAUCCCUGGCCAACACCAAUGUCGGUAAUAACGGGUCGGUCCCGACUAUUGUCAAGACAGCUACCAAAGCGACAAUUAGACGACAUAUUAUUAACAGACAUUUGCUAACCGAGCGAUUAGAACGAUCUCAAYUGGAAAGGGAGGUCAACAGRUGUACACUGACCUAUAGGGUGUCGGUAUUGGACAGACUAUCGGCAAAUUGAUGCCCCAAACAAUUUAUGUGGCGA